AACUCGCCAGGCUGAUGUUCCACAUUGGGUUCAUCAAGACUGUACUUUCCAUCAUGCGCUAUGUCCACUUCAUCUGCUCCAAGAUCCUCGCUGAUGAGGUAUCCCUUGGUUUUACGCAGGAGGAUAAUAACAAGUUCAAGCAGGCUCUGAAAAUCAGGAACCCAAAGAAUAGGUUGAGGAGAAUUUAUGAUGCUUGCAAGAGCACAAAGUUCUGUGGCGGGGGUGAUGACCCUUGUAUUCAGGAGCAGCAAGAUACUGAUGAGCCUGUAAAGAAAAGAGGCUGUUGUGGUUCUAUGCAGCCAAAUAUUAUAGUUGACGGUAUGAAGAUGGUUGUGGAGUUCAAGGCACCAAAGGAAAAUGAUGAUAAAGAGAAAUCCUCUGAGCCAGUGGAAAGAAAGCAGAUUCUCUCUGCUGAGAGGGUCCUUGAAGUUCUCAAGCGCAUAGGUGACGAGGACUGUCUUCUUUUGGGCCUGAAUCCCAAAUUUGCCCGUCCAGAUUGGAUGAUACUCCAGGUUCUUCCAAUUCCUCCACCUCCUGUUAGGCCAUCUGUCAUGAUGGGCACUUCUUCCAGAAGUGAGGAUGAUUUGACUCAUCAAUUAGCUAUGAUAACUCGGCACAAUAAAAACUUGAGAAGGCAAGAGAGAAACGGAACUCCAGCUCACAUUAUAACAGAGUUUGCUCAAUUGUUGCAAUUUCACAUUGCUACGUAGUUUGAUAAUGACCUUCCUGAGCAACCCAGGCAGGUUAAAAGCAAAAGAAGGCUGGGUUAAAGGAAACUUGAUGGGGAAGCGAGUUGAUUUCUCAGCCC